CCCUGGCGCAGGAGGCGGGCGGCCGGGCCCCACCGGCCCCCCAUGGACGCCCCCGGCUCGGGGCGCUGAGACCCCUGCGUCGCUGCCCAGCUCAGUCCAGCGCGCCACGCCGAGGGACUCCAGAACAGGACAAGACUGCGGACCUAUCACCACCCCCCAGCCCCAGUCUAGGACACCCCACCCUCCCCAUAGAUCCAACUUGCCCCCCAGCUCUCUCUGCCCCUCCCUGGCCCCUCCCACUGCCCGCCCCCCCUUGGGGCGCAGGGCAUGGUGUGAAGGCCAAGUGCUUAGGUGGGCACCAUGGGUGCUGUGCCCUAGGGCCCGGGUGGUGGGGGUGGGUGGCCUGUGGGUGUGCCGGGGGGGGGCCCGUGUGCCCACCCCAGUCUCUUGGCGUGCUGGAGUGCAUCCUGGAUGGGAUUAAAGUGAAUGGAACAGAAGCCAAGCAAGCUGGAGUGUGGGUCGGACCCAGAGGAGAACAGUGCCAGGUCCCCCGAUGGAAAGCGAAAAAGAAAGAAUGGCCAAUGUCCCCUGAAAACCAGCAUGUCAGGGUAUAUCCCUAGCUACCUGGACAAAGACGAGCAGUGUGUCAUGUGCGGGGACAAGGCAACCGGUUAUCACUACCGCUGCAUCACUUGUGAAGGCUGCAAGGGCUUCUUUCGCCGCACAAUCCAGAAGAACCUCCACCCCACCUACUCCUGCAAAUAUGACAGCUGCUGUGUCAUCGACAAGAUCACCCGCAACCAGUGCCAGCUGUGCCGCUUCCGGAAGUGCAUCGCUGUGGGCAUGGCUAUGGACUUGGUUCUAGAUGACUCAAAGCGGGUGGCCAAGCGCAAGCUGAUCGAGCAGAACCGGGAUAGGCGGCGGAAGGAGAUGAUCUGCUCACUGCAGCAGCGGCCAGAGCCCACUCCUGAGGAGUGGGACCUGAUCCACGUCGCCACGGAGGCCCAUCGCAGCACUAACGCGCAGGGCAGCCACUGGAAGCAGAGGCGGAAAUUCCUGCCGGAUGACAUUGGCCAGUCCCCCAUCGUCUCAAUGCCGGACGGAGACAAGGUGGACCUAGAGGCCUUCAGCGAGUUUACCAAGAUCAUCACCCCAGCCAUCACCCGUGGUGUGGUAGACUUUGCCAAAAAACUACCCAUGUUCUCUGAGCUGCCUUGCGAAGACCAGAUCAUCCUCCUGAAGGGGUGCUGCAUGGAGAUCAUGUCCCUGCGGGCGGCUGUCAGCUACGACCCUGAGAGCGACACUCUGAAGCUGAGCGGGGAGAUGGCUGUCAAGCGCGAGCAGCUCAACGGCGGCCUGGGCGUGGUCUCUGAUGCCAUCUUUGAACUGGGCAAGUCCCUCUCUGCCUUUAACCUGGAUGACACAGAAGUGGCUCUGCUGCAGGCUGUGCUGCUAAUGCCAACAGACCGCUCUGGCCUGCUGUGUGUGGACAAGAUCGAGAAGAGUCAGGAAGCCUACCUGCUGGCGUUCGAGCACUACGUCAACCACCGCAAACACAACAUUCCGCACUUCUGGUCCAAGCUGCUGAUGAAAGAGAGAGAAGUGCAGAGUUCGAUUCUGUACAAGGGGGCAGCGGCAGAAGGCCGGCCGGGCGGGUCACUGGGCGUCCACCCGGAAGGACAGCAGCUUCUUGGAAUGCAUGUUGUUCAGGGUCCGCAGGUCCGGCAGCUUGAGCAGCAGCUUGGUGAAGCGGGAAGUCUCCAAGGGCCGGUUCUUCAGCACCAGAGCCCGAAGAGCCCGCAGCAGCGUCUCCUGGAGCUGCUCCACAGAAGCGGAAUCCUCGGUGCCCGAGCGGUCUAUGGGGAGGACGACAGCAGUGAGGCAGGCUCCUCCUCAAGCUCCUCCUCUGACGAGGACCCAGAGGCCAGCGAGGACCCAGCCAGCAAGGUGGCCUCCCUCCCUGAAGCCCCUCAGGGGGCCCCCUCCGGAGAAGGAGGAGAAGAAGGAGAAGGUAGGAGCGACUACCCCUCCUCCUCCCAGGCCUCUGCCCAGAAAGCAGGAGGUACCUGA